UUAGCUCUCGUUUUCUCUCUUUUUCUGGGAACCACUUUCUCUUUAAAUGGUUGUCGUUGAAUAUGUACUUCAACGGCGUCCUCUUCACGUUACCCAUUUAUCUCCGGCCACCGUCGCCUUUUAUCUUCCUUUUAUCUGACCAGCUCAAUUCUUUCACAACCAAACCCAUAAAAAAUUAAAGCAGUCAAAUCCACGACCAAAAUCUCAAGAUUUUUCCCUUUCUCUACCAGCCGGCAUUGAUCCUUCUCAUCUUUUCCAUCGAUCUCAAUGUCCAACCCAGUGGAGAGAUACCAAAAACUUGGAUUUAAAGAAUCAUUUGUGAAAAUCCACCGAUACCCAUUAGCCUGUAAAGAGCUGGGCUUCAUUCUCAGGGCCGCUUAUACCGAAUUUCCCAAGAAUUUACAAGCCCUAAUCGUCCAAGACACUAUCACUGCCUUUCGUCUCCUUCCUGGAAUGCAGACUCGCAGCGCAGUUUCUGGAGCUCAUGUACUCCUUCAAAGCGCCGAGGCCUCAUUGCCAAAGCAGAAGAAGAAUUUGGUUGUCGCGGAAUUUAAGCAAGCAAUGGUUGCCCAUAAGCGGCGUUGUAAAGCCCGCAAAGAAGAAAAAGUUUCAGGUUCUGCCCAUCUUCCACAAGAUAUUCUUGUGCACGUCUUCAGUUUUCUUGAUAUGCAAUCUUUAGUUUCUGCUGAGCUAGUAUGCUGGUCGUGGAAUUUAGCGGCAAGUGAUAACCAGCUUUGGCAUGCACAGUACGCUAUGCUCUUUGGGAAUUCUGAUAAUAAUUUGAAGAUUAGUGGGUCUCAAAGAUCUAAAGAGAUUGGAAGUAACGAAUAUGUUUCAUUACGGGAAGAAGUGGUUAUUGGAACAAGCAUUGACUGGAAGGAGGCCUUCAAAAGAGAAUGUAGAGGCACUUUGUCGAAAAAAUUAAGAUAUAGCAGGGGAUACUGUGAAAACUGCAAAACGAUAGUUUGGGUUGAUAACUUGAAAUGUUCAAAUGAACAUUGUCGAUCACAUUCUGAAGUCAAGCCCGUUACAGCUUCCGAGGUUGUCGAAUACAUUUUGGAUGGUUCAACUUCAUUUUCGACAUCAUCUUCGGAUAGUGAGAGUGAUUCAGAAGAAGAUUCACUGCAAAUGUCUAGGUUAUGGGCCUAUCCGUAUUAACUUUUGAGAAAAAAAACAGAAGCCUAAGGAAUUGUUUCUAGAAUGAUAGAUGAAUCUCGUGACCUCAAGUGCUUAAAUAGGAGUCUAUUAGUAUUGCUAAUCUAAGGGUCAUUUAGUUCGUUGAUUCGAGUUAAGAUGUGAC